AUGCGUUCGUGUGCACAGUUUAAUAUCCACCAUCCAACUAUAAAUGGGACGGUAAACGGAACGGUGAGCGGGAUGGUGAACGGGCCAAUAAAUGGUGUAAAUAAGACUAUAAUUGGCAAUGCCAAACCUGUGCCAAAGAACAAUAAUCAGGAUGAGGAUUCAAUUGGCGAGAUCGGCACUUUCUUCCAAGAUCCUUCUGACCAAAGGUCAACCAAAUUUAUUGAGAAACUCCGGGAACCAGAAAUAUUAAGCGACGACUCCAAAGAAACAUUCAAUGAGGAGGACGAAGCUGAGUCAGGAUCACAGAACUCCUUUUCUACAUCUAAGAAUGAUAAUGAUUCGGACUACAUAUCAAUCGACACUGACAAAUCAACUUCUGAAGAAUCGGCUUCUGAUACCGAUGCAUCUGAGGACAAUAUAAAUGAGAAGGAUCCCCCAAAAAUUGGCAAGACGGCUUUUCGUAAGGCCUAUAAUGCUAUCCCAAACUCUACAAAGUUGCAGUUGAGCACAGGCAGAAUAGUGGAAGACAUUCUUUUUGAAUUUGUUAAAGACAUGGACUAUGAACACCAUGCCCAUUCAUAUAUUGUUGACUUUGAUGAUAAGGAUGUCAAAGCGUUGUUUACUGAUGAAGAGUGGAACGAACUAACCAAAGAUCGAAUUGGGGUUCCAUCUUUUCCACGUGAUAUCGCAGAAGAGUUAGCAAAAUAUGGAAGCAAAACGUUAAAAGAGCUACGUACAAAAGUGAUGAAAUCAUAUCUUAAGGAAGAAGAAGAAUAUGAUGUCCACAAGCAUUAUAAUCAAGAAUGGAUCCAAAUGACCAUGCGAACACUUUGCAAUCUGUUUGAGAAUAUAGAUACUCCCUUAGUAAAGACCCAAUAUGAAGAUUGGUUCACGGUUGCACUUUUUGGAACAUGUAUCGAUUUCUGCAUUAGGGAUGCACAAUUGGGCACUGACGUUAAGAGACUUCUUGAACUCGGGGCUAUCGAAGGUGCAAGGGCUUUUGCGGGAAUUUCCGAUAACAAAUAUCUUCUCGAGUCAUUCAAGAUGCCCAAAACACUUCGAGACAUGUAUAGUGAUUUGAUUAAGGCUGUAAAUUAUGAUGAUCAAAAAGCAGAUAAACUUCAAAUUAUGAUUAAGAACAACCUACAAAUUCUGAAUAUUCUGAACGACGAUGAUGAUACUGAAUCUGAUGACUUAUUAAAAAAAUUGCUUGAGGAUGAACAAUACUCUACUCCACCACCCGCGCCAAUUAAAUUUUUUGAACAUAAUUUUUAA